GCCUUGAGCAUGACGACGACACGAUUCCGGCCGCUUCCGCUUUGGCUACGCCUACGCCGGCUACGCCACUUCCCGAGACACCGAACGAGAACACGAUCGGUCAGGAGCGGCAAAUCUCCGUGGGCAGCGGCGUCAUUUUGAACCAAAAGCUUCCUAAAGAGAUACCGGUGAGCAGAGGCCGCCAUGACGAAAAAGAAAAAGAGCAUGGAGGUUCAGGACGUUCGGGACGACCAUCUUGGACCGGAAGCAGCAGCUUCGGGCUCGGCAGCCAGCUCAAGAACAUGCUGCACGGGCACGGGCACGGGCACGGUGCUCGUCAAUCCGUGACGAACGAGAAGAAAGAUUUGAACGAGCAUCAGAGGAGAGCCUUGCGGGCCAGUGGAUCCUUCAUGUCAGACAAGACUGCAGAAUCAAACAAUGGCUCUGCAUCUCACGUCCUGCGUAAGGUCGUAACCUCGUCUGCUUUUUCCUAUGGUAUCAUGUUCCUCAUCCUCGCCAACAUGGUAAUUCUCGGCGUGGAGGUGGACACUGCCCGGCAUUUGCCACCCGACGAAAAUCCG